AGCUGCAUUACUACCUGGAAAGAGGUUACUUGAGCUUUAACACCAUGUCUGUUAGAUAUUCUAAGAGCUAUACCUCAAAUUCUUACUCUGGAGGCUAUGGUGGUAGUGGCGGUGGUGGUGCAGGUGGUUUGGGCCAGUGUGGGGUAGGAGGUGGUUUUGGUAGUGGAGGUGGUGCUGGUUCUGGGUAUGGUGGAGGCUUUGGAGGAGGUGCUGGUGGUGGUUAUGGUGGUGGCUUUGGAGUUGGUGGUGGUGCUGGUGGUGGUGCUGGUGGUGGUGGUUAUGGUGGUGGCUAUGGAGGUGGUGUUGGUGGUUUUGGUGGGGGCUUUGGAGGUGGUGAUGGUGGUUAUGGUGGUGGUGUUGGCUUUGGUGGAGGUGGAGGUGGUGGUGCUGGUGGGGGCUAUGGAGGUGACAGUCUUUUCACUGGCAAUGAGAAGCAAGCAAUGCAGAAUCUCAAUGACCGUUUGGCCAACUAUCUGGACAAAGUCCGUGCACUUGAGGAAGCAAAUGCUGAGCUUGAACGUAAGAUUAAGGAAUGGUAUGAAAAGCAACGUCCAGGAAGUCAAACCGGAGAACCAGGAAAAGACUACAGCAAAUAUUAUAAGGAAAUUGACGACCUAAAGGCUAAGAUCCUUGCUGCCACCAUAGAUAACGCAAACAUAAUUUUGCAAAUCGAUAAUGCAAGACUAGCUGCCGAUGACUUCAAAAUGAAGUAUGAAAAUGAGUUAAUGCUACGCCAGAGUGUGGAGGCUGAUAUCAAUGGCCUGCGCAGAGUCUUCGAUGAGUUGACCAUGUCCAAUUCGGACCUGGAAAGCCAGGUUGAAAGUCUCAACGAGGAACUGGCAUAUCUAAAGAAGAACCACGAGGAUGAAGUUAAAGGUCAGCAAGUAACCGUGGCUGGACAAGUCACUGUUGAAAUGAAUGCAGCUCCUGGCCAAGAUCUCACUAAAAAACUAAAUGACAUGAGAGCUGAAUACGAGGCUAUGGCUGAAAAGAACCGCAAACUUGCCGAAGAUAAGUUUAAUCAAAUGAGCAGUGAAUUGACUAAAAAAAUAUCCGUAGACGUGCAGUCUAGCAAGAGCGAAUUGAGUGAGCUACGAAGGACUGUUCAGUCUUUAGAGAUAGAACUUCAGUCACAGCUUUCCAUGAAAAAUUCACUGGAAUCUUCUUUAGCAGAGACAGAAGGCAGAUACUGUGCUCAACUUUCCAAGAUACAAAUAACAAUUUCUAGUGUAGAGGAGCAGCUGUCCGGGAUUCGUGCGGAGAUGGAAUGCCAAUGUUCAGAAUAUGAACAGCUUUUGUAUGCCAAAGACAAACUGGAGCAGGAAAUUCAAACAUAUCGCAAACUUCUGGAAUCUGAUGUGAGCAUCGGACAAGGUCAAAGUGGUUCAAGUCAAGGAGGUUCACGUUCAGGACAACAAGGAGGCUCAGGGUCAGGACAAGGUGGUUCAGGCUAUGGUUCAAGUUCCGGUUCAAGAGGUGGUCGUGGUUACUGAGGCCAACCGAUCUUAGUGAAACAAAUAGUGGAAGAAGGUGGGAAAAUUAUAUCAACGAGGACGAUAGACGUAUUGCAGAGAGUGUAACAAAAGCAUUACGCCUUGAAGUCAAAGAAAACUGGUUCUGUCAAGCAAGAUCUUUUUUUCCUUCUUUUUGGGACUGUUAUACUGUAUUGUGGCCAUAUAUGGCAUAUCUGCAGGCGUUUUGUUAUUCUAAGUUACCGACUACUUAUGGUUAGGGAUAUGGAUUACAAAAUUGGACUAUGCUUUAUGACUCUAAGAUUUUUUUUUCUGUCUGUUUUUCUGCGAUGAUAACAUGUAAUGUGUUCAUCAGGUGUUUGGAUUGCCUUUUCUGGUUCCAUGUU